AUGGAAAGCAAGUUUCAGGACAUCCAUCAGGGGACAAGGAACGUGAGAGACUACGGAGACAAGUUCAACCGACUUCGGAGAUUUGCGGGCCACUACCUGAGUGAUCAUGACUUAAUCCGCCGGUUCCUUAAAGGAAUGAGGGUAGAACUGAGGAACAGCUGCAACGUGCAGGACUACCGUGAUGUCCAUGAACUGAUCAAGAAAGCCGCAGAACAAGAAUCAGGGCACGAGGAGGAGCAGAGACAGAACCAGACCUCACAGAAUCGUGGUGCCAAACGGCCCCGGGAUGCACUUCCCGCGGCCGAGCCUGCCCCGGCAAGGCCCCCAUGCCAAAGGUGUGGACGAUACCAUGUGGGGGAGUGCAGGGCAGGAGCAUGCUACAACUGCGGCGAGUGCAGCCAUAUGGCGAGGGAGUGCCCGAAGGAGAAACAAGCCCAUCGCAGACGCUGUUACCGCUGCGGCCAGGAGGGACAUCUGUCGUGGGAUUGCCCAACACUACAAGGAGAGAAUGCGGGAGGGGCACAACCCCAACAGAAGAGAGGACAAGCCGCAAGGCCAAGAGCGUACGCCGUCGAGGGUCGCGAAGGAGCCAAACCAAUCGCAGGGUCUGUCGCGGUCAGAGGAGUAACAGCAUUCACUCUCUUCGACACUGGGGCAACUCACAGUUUUGUAAGCCCUAGACUUACACGUGAGUGGAACUUUAAGGGGAACUUCAACACCAUGGUGACGGGAGUCGAGACUGUAGGGACAGAGAAAAUGGCAACGAGGGGAAGAUGUGAGGAUGUACCAGUGAUCCUCGCAGGAGUGAACUUACCCGGAGACUUGCUGGAACUAGAAGUGGGGCGUUACGAGGUGAUAUUGGGAAUGGAUUGGCUAGCACAGCACAGAGCUGUAAUCGAAUGUGCCAAGGCGUGCGUUAGGAUUCCGCUAGAUGGGAGGCAAAUCGUGUACAGAGGAAUGAGAACUAUGACCGCGAUAUCCGUGGUAUCGAUGCCCCAUGCCGAAGAAGCAAUCCGGAAAGGAGGAGAAGCCUUCCUAACCACUAUAGAAAUGGUGGGGGAGACUGAAGCACCAGAUCUGGGAAGUAUUCCUGUAGCGGCAGAGUAUGCAGAUGUGUUCGAACCACUAUGCGGACCCCCACGUCAUCGAAGUAAUGCCUUUACGAUUGAGCUAGAACCCGGACCCGCCCCGGUCUCCAGGGCCCCCUACCGAUUGGCACCGUCAAAGAUGGCGGAACUUAAAAAAACAACUGGAGGAACUAGUGGAAAAGGGAUUCAUACGCCCUAG